AAUUUUAUUGCCAUUGCAUUGACUGCAUUUGCAAUUUUCAUUUUUUCUAGUUGUUACUGCGUUGAGCGUUUGUUUUGUUUACAUUUUUAUAUUUUAUUUGAUCUUGAUAUUAAAUUUUUAUUUUAUUUUUAACUGAAUCCAAUUAGGUGUAGGCUAUUUGAAAACAAGUAUAUAAGUUAGUAACACAGGCUAAAUGGUGAAAGUCGAUUUAACUUCACAGCGUUUUACCUCACGUUUGCUGGAUGCGUUGCUUUCAUCCCCAGCAAAGGCCAGCACACAAACUAAAAAAGAUGCUGAUGACAACACAAGUUCCCUGGGACGCAAUACCGGUACACCACAGAUGAUCCAUGAACUUUCAUCUCCAGCAAAGGCCAGCACACAAACUAAAAAAGAUGCUGAUGACAACACAAGUUGCCUGGGACUCAAUACACCACAGAUGAUCCAUGAAAACAAAGCAAAGAGAAAAAGAAUAACAUGGGGCGAUUCAACCAGUACAGCAAACACCCAAGACAAUUCAAACAAAGCAAAGAGAAAAAGAAUUACAUUGAGUGAUUCAACCCGUACAGAAAAAACUCAAGACAAUUCAAACAAAGCAAAGAGAAAAAGAAUUACAUUGGAUGAUUUAACCCAUACAGCAACAACCCAAGACAACUCAAACAAAGCAAAGAGAAAAAGAAUUACAUUGGAUGAUUUAACCCAUACAGCAACAACCCAAGACAAUUCAAACAAAGCAAAGAGAAAAAGAAUUACAUUGGAUGAUUUAACCCAUACAGCAACAACCCAAGACAAUUCAAACAAAGCAAAGAGAAAAAGAAUAACAUGGGGCGAUUCAACCAGUACAGCAAACACCCAAGACAAUUCAAGUUGGAGCCAAAACCAGACAGAGGCAGAGGAAAGACUCCAACCAGAACUAAGAGGGUACCAAUUGAUAGGGGACAGCCAAUUCUGCCGUUUCGGGCAGAAGUUGCUGGGUCUGCAGAGAGUCCCUAUGCACAACUGCCCUGGCAGAAUUGGCCUAUGCGUCAGUGGACAAACAAUCACUGACCUCCAUUCUCGUGUUAGGCAUCAUUUCUACCCUAUCUCAUCAAACAUCAUCGUUAUGAUCGGCACAAAUGACUUUUUAAGAAAUGUAAGUGUGAGCAAAAUGUGCCAAGAGCUUUCUUCGCUUAUCAAGACCUUACAAAAGAGUGCCAAAAGAAUCAUAUUGUUGACUUUGCCGCCAAUCCCAAAACUGGCAGAGGAGAGCUCCAUCCACUAUCAACUGUUAGAAUGCUACAACGAGCAUAUAAGGAGCCUGGAAAAUGGUGAUACUUUGAGGAUCGCAGACGUCAGUCCCUUGUACAUGUAUUCUGCCCCAGAUGAAAGAUGCAGAAUGCAUCUCUUUGAACAGGUUUUCAAAGGUUCCAGCCCUGGAUAUGCAAAAAACAGACCCGAUCUCAUUCACCUGAAUAAGUCAGGACUUGAAAUAAUCCAAAAAUUUAUCAUUAAAAAUUUUUUUUGAAAGGCCUUUACUCAAAAGUAGUAAAAAGUUACUAUCGAUAGUCACACUAUCGAUAUUUUUUGAUAGUUUUUUAAAAACUAUCGAUACUAUCGAUAGUACUAUCGAUAGUUACUCAAAUGGAGUUUUAAUGCAUAUAAUAUUGUAUAUCCUUCCUGCAUGGGUUUAAUAAAUGGUUUCUAUCUAGUCGAAGAUAAAGCUGUAUCAGAUUAUUAAUUUUAACAAUUUGUGAGUGACGUCCUGGUGCCUCCUUUAUGAUUUUUUCUUUUCCAAAAUAUUAUAACAUUGGUAUAAAAUAACAAUAAGUUUUAGCAUUGACUAUAUAUACCUACAGAGUCAAUGGUUUUAGACGAACAGCAGGGAAAAUAAGGUUUAGUUAGUAAAAAAUUAAAGGAAAUGCCUAAUUGUGUAUUGAGGCAAAAUACGUCAUUACCGCUCGAGAACUGCGGCCAUAUUUCAAGAGUGGCAAUUAUGAUUCUUCCUACCACCAUAAUUAUUUCAUAAUAGCCUAUCACACGGAUUAACUUUCUGGAAGUAUAUAAAAAUGUCAUUUAGGUUGCAUCUGCAUUUCUAAGGUUAUUUGAUUUGCUUAUCGAUUGUUAACUAAGUUAACAUAUCAGAUCCGCGACUGUGGUUGGUGCAGAAACGAUAACUGUGAAAUCAGCUGAUUAGCGAGCGGGAAUGGGCUAUUUUGCGUACUGUUUACAGCUAUGGAAUGUGAUCAUUUUCAUGCACCGGUAGUUUAGGAAAAAAAUGUUAGUAUAAAUACCCCCGCCGCAGCAAACCUGCCGACUAAGCGAAUUUCCAUUUGUCUGAAUUGAUUUUCAGUUAAAUAUAUUUUAAUAACAUUAGGUUUAACGAGUACCUAGGUUUGCUGCUACAAGGAAACUAAUAAAGUGUGUUUUUGAGUAAAAUAUUGAUAGCUUAGUACAAAAUAAAUAAAUUUGCCAAGUUUGAUCAAAAUAUAUCCAUAAACAAGCAAACUACAACAUUUGACAAUAUUCUCCAUAAGAAUAACAUGGGAAUUUUAAAUUUACAAUUUUUUUAAUUUUCUCCGUUACUAACAAUCGAACAAAAAUACUUUUACAUACUAAAUUAUUUGUUUUUUUAAGCUCUUUAAAAAGGUCUAAAGAGAAAUCGGGAAAUUUUGUGUUUUGAGGGUCAAAAGUGAGAAAAACCAAUUUUUACCCCAUAAAACCCCUUGUAAAGCCCCGUUCCCAUGGUCCGAUCGUGCUGGUUCGCGAACUCAUUCAAGUUUAUCCCGCUUUACACCUUUAAACUAAAUUUCAUCAAAAUCGGACAAAAAUUACUCAAGUUAUCGCGUUCACGGACGUAUAUAUAUAUAUAUAUAUAUAUAAGUCUAUAUAUAUAUAAAAAUUUGAACGAAUGGUGUUUUUGGCCUCUGGGGACAUCAAAAUGAAAAAGUAAAUCGGUCCCGGGUCUAGGUCUUACCGUGCCACCUACGGUAUAGCUACUUCCCUAUAGGGAAAUUCGCUAAAAAGUUGUUAAAUUAAUAAUAAAAAGAAAAUUACAAGAGAAUUUUUUACCGUAUACCGGUGUCUACUCUUUAAUCCAUGCUAAAAUCCAUUUAAGGCCGUACAUUACAAAAUCCAUUUAAUGUACCCAUUAGUCCGGUAGUGAAUUAGCAAAUGCCCCCUCUUUCAAAUGUUUAAGAAGGUACUUUUCUGUAAAGUUUUUCUACAGUUAACUUUGAAAAAAAACUUAGGCUAUAAUAUUAACAAUAGGUAUGCAUUAACAGACAAACAAUGAAAUGUGAGAGUAACAGAAAAUGAUUUUUUUACAUAAUUUAACGUAAACAAAAACUAUCGAUAGUCCAAUACUAUCGACCCACUAUCGAUAUUUUUAAACUAUCGAUACUAUCGAUAGUACUAUCGAUAGUAAGUUUUCACUACUCAAAAGAAUCAACAUAUCAAAUCAAAUGAAAUCUAACUCAUAAUUAGUUUGUCACAAACUGAUAAAACUACACCGUAACUCCCAAAUCUGACAGGGCCCGACCCUGAACCCCAACGCUCAGCUCAGCUGAAGUAUAAUUCUUUUAAAAGUUAGUCUUGCUUGUCAACCAUGCAGCCUCACAGUUGUGAUAAUACUUAUUGAAGUGCCUGUUCUGACAAGAGAGGUAUUAUUAAUUUUCUUAAUUAUUCAUGCACAGAUGAUGCAUUUCUUGCUAAGUUAAAAUAGUGACUUAAUACUGUAAAUCAUAAACGUUGUAUAAUGUAUUUAUUCAUUUCAUAACAUAUUUGACAAUUCAUUCUGACUCAUAAAAAAAUCAAGGAAUAUAAAAUAUAAAAUAUGUAAACUUAACUUCCCAACACCAGGAAUAGGCCUGGUAUAAAACUAGUAGGUCGUCUUCUUGUUCCCGAGUUUCAUUAGUUCUCAAAUGGUCAAUAUAUACAUACAUGUCUUGUUCGGCUAUCAACUAUGACUAGGUAUGUCAUAGGGCUUACAACGUUUGUUACCACCCCAGAUUGUCAAAUAUUUUUCUCUUGUCGCACAUUUUUGACAAACACCUUGUUGUGUAACACGAUUGAUGUCGGUUUUCCCCGGUGUACAUUGAUAGAAUUUUUCAGGUUAUCCUGUUAAGUUUGCAUUUCUUGAGCCAAAUGAGGUUUUAGAAGUGAUAGGUGAGUUUUAUGUUUGAAUUUCAAGAAUAAUUCAGAUGGUGUCGAUCCAGUUGUAGUAUGAGGGGGAUUCCGGUACACAAACAAGAAGAAUCUAUUCUGUGUUGCAGGGGUCUCUGGGUGUGUUGUUGUUCAUCAUGGAGCAUUUGUUUUAAGAAAGCGUGUUUAACUGUUUGGUCAGUUUGCUCUGCCAGCCCGUUGGAAGCAGGAUGAUAUGCCGGGGUUAGGGUAUGACAAACUCCAUUAGCCUCUAAAAAUUGUUUGAAUUCAUCUGAUCGAAAUUGGGACCCGCCAUCUGUCACCACAGUAGAGGCCAGUCCAUAGGCUGCGAAGCAAUGUCUUAGUUUGUCAAAAUUGUCUGUUUUGAUGUCGUACCGGGCAUAUGGAACACUUCUACCCACUUGGAGUAGCAAACUGCAAUUAUUAAAAAUGCUUUCCCUUCAAAGUUAGGGAAGUCCAGAUGAAUUCUCAUCCAGCUUUGUUGAGGCCAUGACCAAGUUUGUAGGGGAGGAAUUUAUGAAACUUUUUGACGGCCACAACCAAUGACAGGGCCUCUUUUUCAAUUUGGGUGUAUUUAGCCUCACUUUUGGUAAGUGUUCGUGAGGCAAAUGCUAUAGGCCUCUCUGAACCGUUCAGCAUUUUAUGGGCAAUCACACACCCAACUCCAUAGCUUGAGCUAUCACAGGUUACAAUCACAUCUAGGCUUGGGUUAAAGGGAAUCAAAAAAUUGUUCAUAACAAGUUUGUUUGUUCCAUUCGUCACAAUCAAUAGUCCACGAUCAAUCUACCUCUUUACCGAGCAGAUGGUACAAACCAUAAAAAUGAACUAGUCCUAAAAAUUACCUGAGUUGUACAACAUUUCUACUGGUUUUGGAGCAUUCAAAAUUGCUUUUGUUAAGGGUGUUUGGUCAAAAAUUUGAUGUCUUAUUUUUUGUUAUUGUUCAAUUGUACUAAAAAUUAGAGAUAC